GGACAGAGAAAGGAGGGCAAAUCAUUUUUUUUUCUCCCUUUUUAAAGCAAUUAAACUACCCUGCAGGUUAGAAGUAUGAACAAAUUUUUCUACUAGACAAACUCUAAUUUCCAUUUAUCAGAAAAGAGUUUAUAAAGUCUUUAUUUUAAAUUGUGGUCAUUAAAACUUCAAAAAAGCCAAAAUGAUAUCAGAUCAUAGAUUUGGACAGAUCAUUAUCCCUAAGCAUCCCAUCGAUGCAGUAAAAAUGCCAUUGAGGAAAAUGGACUACCCUCACUACUGUCAUCUCCUAAAAAGAAUGAAAAUGCCCUUUGUGAGAGGAAACGAGGACAGACAUUUCUAUGGCAGUUUUGAAGACAAAGACAGCCUUGCUUUCCUGAAAUUUCACCCUUAUCCUUCUCCUGUCCAGCCAGACUAUCAUUUAUACCAUCCUUAUCCCCCACCUCCUGGGAAAGAUUAUGCUUUAUUUCCACAUCGAGAUGAUGUGCCAUUGGGUGAUCCUUGUUCAGGGUUUAUGAGUCCUGGAGGUGAUGCUGAUUUGCUGCCUGGAGUUGGCAAAACUAUCCCAAACUUAGUAAGUUACUCUGAUGUGAAACCUCAACAACGAAUCCCUUUAACAGACCAAGAAUUGCAGACAGAAGUUAAGAAGCAAACAAUAUUAUUAGAAGAACUAAAUGAGGACCCAAGGUGGAAUUCCAGGAAAGUAUCUGAUGCUGCCAUCAGAGCGAGACUUGGAGGUUGGACAAGUCCAGUGAAAGUUAUUCCUGAUAAAUCUAAAAUGCAAGGCAAUUUAACCGCAUUACGGUUUUCAUUUGACGAUUCAAAAUGUAAGAGUGAAGAAGGCAGAGCUCCAGCAUGGGUGAGUGAGGAACAGAAAGUAAUGGAAUCAUUCUACAAGUCCAGUACACAAAAAGCAUAUGAAGCAGUUCCACUGGAUCAGAUGUAUCCACCAAAGCUUGACCCACCACUAACAACGUUUGAAAAGAAGGCUGAUCCAGUUUCACAGUGUUUUACACUGAAAAGAUAUGAAUGGGUGCCAUCAAUAAGUCAGUUUGUCGGAGGCCUCUGGGACAGAUUUCAAACAAGAUCCUUCACAUCACCACAAAGACCAAUUAAUUAUGUGAGCCCAAGUACUCGAACCCAAUAUAUUCCUCUUUACACUGGUUAUGUUGAAUCAUCAAACCCGGAUGACAGAGAUGAUCCUGAUGGUGACCUUAAAUCUUUGGGCAAGCCUCGGACCUCAAGGAUACUUUAUACACCUACAAGCCGCACUGCAAAUAUUCCAGGAUAUAUUGGCAAGGUUCAUUUCAUAGCCACCCACCCAGCAAAUUCUGAUAUUCCACCAACAACCCCAGCCACAAGUUCAGCAGUUCGGCGUACUGUGCUCAGCCAUGGUUGUUACAUGGAGGACAUGGGCAGGACUGAGCAUGCCCAAAAAAGACCGACAACAAUGGGGAAAGAACUGGAGAUCAUCCUAUAUGAAGAUUGGUUGAAGGAGCUGGAGAUCUUUUGCCUGAAAAGCAAAGAAAGUUGCAGAGAAGCAAAUUUCAGAACCUUAUGGGAAAGUAAGGAGGUGCCUAAUUAUCGUCACAUGGGACCUUUAUCAAAAAUGGUUACUCUGGUGGACCCAUACAACUCUUUCAAUGGGAUGGUAAAGCAAACGGUUAAGUCAUUUAAGAAUCCUGCUCUAUAAGUGGUUAAAUGCCUCAGUAAGUGUAUGCUCUGUACCAAUAAAAAGUUACAGAAAAAAUUGCA